CUGGUACCGUUAUGUCGACGAUUGUCUCGUCUUUAUCCUAGGGAAUUCCGACACAGCUGUCAAACAGCAUUCCGAAAACAGCUGUGUUUUCUUCUGUCAAAAAUUAAUCAACUUCAUCCAAACAUCAAAUUCACUAUGGAACUAGAGUCUUCUAAUGCCAUCAAUUUUUUAGAUCUGUCCAUUACCAGACUUAAUAAUCAAUUCAACUUUGGUAUUUAUCGCAAGCCUACACAAACAGAUCAUGUCAUUCACGCAUCCUCCAAUCAUCCUCUCUCCCAUAAAUAUUCAGCUUUUAGAAGUUUCAUACAUAGACUAUACACUAUUCCUUUAUCAACUCAUGAAUUCAACAAAGAACUCAAUAUAAUUAAACAAAUAGUUGUAAACAAUGACUACAGUCCUGACAUCAUUGAUAAACUUAUCCGUAAGAGAGAGUCCAAUCUCCUCCGGCAAUCGGCUUACAAUUCUAACCCAACCAUCCCUCCUUUAUAUAGAUCAUUACCAUUCCAUAACUCAUCAAUUUCUGAAAAGAUUAAACAUAUACUUAAUAGCUCUGACAAUAUUAAUAUUUCAUUUAAAGUACAUAACACUCUUGGUAAAAUCCUAUCCAACACCAAAGACUCCAUCCACUAUAUGAAUCGCAGUGGUGUUUAUAAAUUGUCAUGUUCUGACUGUGAUGCUACAUACGUGGGCAGAACUUUUAGGUCUCUUACAGUUCGAACUUCUGAACACUCCAAACUUGACAAUACUUCUGCUUUUUCCCAUCAUCUUAAAGUCAAUAAACAUCAUCUCAAGGUUCCAGAAGGGGUUUCUUUGAUCCACAACAUUCAAGAUAAAAAUACACUCAGGUUAGAUUUGUAUGAGGAUUUGGAGAUUAUCAAGGACAUACGUACUAGCCCCAAUUGUGUUAAUCGUCAAACUUCAUUAAACCGUGACUUUACUCCUAUACACCGUCAAUUAUUUCCAUAGUUUAGAAUUAACCUUUUACACUUAAUUCAUAUUUUUCUAAAUACAUCUAUUUUAUUUCCACAGGGUCCAUGCUUCACAUGAUAUUUCUCUUCAUUUUUAUUUUAAGACAUUCUUAUUUUUCAGCUUGAUAACUCCGAAUCCACAUCUUUACCUAACUACAUGUUACUUAAUAUACAUUUCACAAACCCUCCAUCCAUUUACAAUAUUUUUCUGAACUAUUUACCUUUUAUUCUUAUACACAGGUUUUUUGGUUGUGGUUCGGUUGCUGGUGGUUAUUGGACACCUCUAAUAUACAAUCCUUCAGUUCAUCUAAGUUAAAUUGUUGAUAUUAGUGUUUGUGAUCAUUGGACUGGCAGAUAUGUGUGUGCCUUUACAGGUCUCUUAUCCUUUGUGGAGGUAGGUUUAGGCAUGUUUGUCUCUUGUCAGUUUGUUGACCACAAACAUUUUCAUUUUGCUUUCUAUUAGCUUUGUUAUAUUCAACAAGCAAGACCUUCCUCUACUUUUUACUAUACAUUUAUCACACCAUUACCUACAAUGUUAAUCUGAGAACUAUUUUGCCAAUUUGUCAUGAUUAUUAUGUGAUCAUUGAGCUGACGGAUAUGUGUGUGCCUUUGCGUGUCUCCUAUCCUUUGUGGAGGUAGGCUUAGGUUUUCAUGUCUCUGUUGGUCCAGUAACCACAUAAAAUGUUCAUUUUCUUUUUAACUUUAAUUUAAUUUCUUUACCUAAUUUUAUUUUCAAUCUCUCUUCAAGUUAGACAACCAUUAAUUCAAGGCCUACAAUUUUUGUUUUAUUUUAUAAUGCAUCAUUUCUAGCUUAUUUUCACCCUCGUUUUAUUCCCUCUAUAUUUUUAUUUUUAAUUUUAAUUUUAUUUUCACAUAAUUUUCAAACAAUAAUUUGGCAUCAUAUCAUUAUUUACUUCACACCAUAUUAACUUUCACUUAUCGUUUUCGUAUUUACAGUUCACAGUACUUUCUCUUAAAUAAUACAUCCAUUUAGUACUUUAAUCUCAAUUCCGUUAAACCAUAGUAUUUUACUUAGUUGUGUUUUAUUCACCCUAUUACAUCUACUUGAAAUUAGACAACCAGUUAUACUGUUACAUUAUGACUAUCAACUAUAUUACAUUUCAUUAUUGGGACCGUGCAAGUUCGGCAAAGCGACCCCUAUUUCUACGCUCUAUACUAAAAUUCGCACUUUUAAUUAGAUUGGCCAAUUAUAUUAGUCCUGGUUACUGGAUAAUUGUCAAGGCCAUAGUCCAAAAAAAUAAUAAGAAGAAAAAAUAAGAUUCAGGUUAUGUUAUGAAAACGUCAACAAUUGUAUGUAGUAAAUAAAAUUAGUUAUUAAAAUGCAGUACUGCAAGCAAAAUAAAAUUAAUUAAAUUUACCUUUAUAUAAUAAUUGCAUAUCAUAUCAAUAUUGUGUAGCAAUAUAUAAUUUUUUUGCUUCAUUGACAGAAGGUAUGAAAUAUACGUCAAUUUGACAAUUUCAAUUGACAAUAUGAAUUAUUUAGGAUAGUUGCAAUAUUUCUCCGCGACUCGCGCAGGGUCGUUUCUCGUUUCCCCUUCCACGUACUUGCACACCGCGAAUAGCCAAAUUCCAGAUUUAUUCACUAAUUCUUUUACCUUAUAAUUAUUAUCUAAUAAUUUUCUUUUUAUUUUAUUUUUAUUUUUCUUCAGUUUAUUUUUCUUUUUGUUCUUCUUUUUACCAAGUGACGUCAUUACCUGUUGGCAAAAUUUUCGCUUUCACCGCCAUGAAAUUUUCAUAAAUAAUUUCAUGUGACUAUUAAUUUAAAUUGUUUAUUCUUACUCAUUUAUUUAAUAUCUAAUUAAAUUCAUUCAGUUAAGUAAAAAUAUUUUUUAUAUUUUUUGCAUUUCUAAAAUACAAUAUAACUACAUACACAUAAAAUUCCCUAGAAGGUCUUGUCAAUAUCCGUUCAAUGUCAUAUUUUAGUCUGUCAGUUUGAGGCCAAGAUGAAGACCACUUUGUAAUACCGUUGCAAUUUAAUUUCUUGUGACAUCGACUUAUUGUCGACAUUUUUGUAGCCUAAAUGGCAUAAUUAUUAUUACAUUAAGGUCUUUUGACCUAAAUAUGUAGCUAGUUCCAACUACUUUGGAUCUGAAGUUUCUACCACCUGAUGAUGGACUGAUUGGUCCGAAAACGUUUGUGAUUUUAUCCAUCUUGGAUCAUUUUUAGAAAAAAUUUUUUAAUAAAUUAUAUACCACCUACCUACAUGUGAGGUUUUUACUUCAUUAGUAAGUUUUUACAGACGAGUCUAAUUAUUGCCUUGACGAAAAGUCGAACGAGUCUAAGCUCUGAUCGACGCUUAAGAGUUUUUCGUCGACCAGGUGAGCGGUACGCACAGUGCAACAUAAGAGAAACGAGAUUGUUUAGUGGAGUGGAAUUUCCUUGACAGCAAGGACUGAUUUGGUGUCUUUAUGUGUAGGCUCUUUAAAUAGCAAAAGGUUACAUUACAGAAAUUGUUUCUUUGGACACGUUGUUCCUUUCAUACCCUAUUGGGACCGUGCAAGUUCAGAAAAGCGACACUUGGUUUCAUAGCUCAGCAACAUUUUUCGCACUUUUAAUUAUAUUAGCCAAUCAUAUUGGUCCUGGUUGCUGGAUAAUUGUCAAGGCUAUAGCCCAAAAAAAUUAUAAGAAGAAAAAGUAAUAUUGAGGUUAUGUUAUUAAAAGGUAAACAAUUGUAUGUAGUAAAUAAAAUGAAUUAUUAAAAUGCAGUACUGCAAGCAAAAUACAAUUAAUUAAAUUUAUUUUUAUAUAUUUAUUAUAUUAUAAUAAUUGCAUAUCAUAUCAAUAUUGGGGAGCAACAUAUAAUUUUUCUUCUUCAAUGGCAGUAGGUAUGAAAUAUACGUCGAUUUGACAAUUUCAAUUGACAAUAUGAUUUAUUUAAGAAAGUUGCAAGAUUUCUCCGCUAUUCACGUACGAUCGUUUCUCAUAUCCCCUCCAAGUACUUGCACACGGCAAAUAUAGGAAAUAAUUUCAUCUAAUGCACGAUAAGAAAGGCGUCACGUAUCGCGUGUCGUUACUGGAUAUUUAAGUGCUGUACGUAUUCAGAAAUUGAAUGGGCCCCCUCGCAGUCCAGAGAUGAAUCCAUUGAACACUUGAAGCCCCUUUCUGCGUCUGUGCAAGAUAUAGAAACUAUGGUUAUUGAUAUCGGAAACUCACGACAAAAAUCAAAUAUCUCGCCUAAUAUAAUAUAUUAAGCGAGAUAUUUAUAAACUUUAUUCAUCAUACUGAUAAACCAAUGUUUUCCUAAAUUACUUAAAAAACCGGAACUUUCAGAUCGAGAAGUCCGCAUCUACAGUGCUCAACAUUAUCAGUGCGUAAACUUCUUGCCAUCAUAUUAUUCCAGCAUUUUUCAAAGUCAUCUCUCUCUUUUUGUUAAUAACGUCUUUAAAUUCGCUAAUUUUUUUACACAGAAACUAAUCUCGUUUAUAUUGCGUUGCAAUACAUUAAAUAAAUUAUCUGAGAAUGUAAAUAUUUCUGAAAAAAGCAAAGUUAAAAAAACUCCAAAAAUCCUCUCGAGCUAUUUAUGGUUUCUGUAUCCUACUUUUCACAUUUUCGCCAUUCUUCAAAACCCGAAUACAUAUAUAUUUAUAAUAUAAUUAUAUAAAUAUUUAGUAUUUAUAAUAUAAAUAAUUCUAUAUAUAGUGUAGGAAACAGAGGUUGAACCUUGCAAAAUGGACACUAGUCCGGUUUUAUUUUUUUUUUCUGUUAUAUCAAGGGGUGCUUAUUAUAAGACUAACUUUUUCUGAAAAAAUUUAGCCCCGGAACCCCCAUUUUCACCCCUUUAAAGGGGGUAAUUUGUGGUUUUUGCGGAACGUAGCCCUUCCUGUACCUUUUACAAAAAAAUUUUUUUAUAGAAAUAUGAAGAGGACUAUAUUUUCUACUAUUUAUUUCCCGACAGCAUACGUCUAUCAUCCACCGUUUAGCAGGGGUGGAGCCCCAAAGUUGACAAGUUUUUAAAAUAAAUAUAUUUUUCCCUAACUGUAACGGAAAUUAAGAAGAAAUUCUGCGACGAUUAUUUACAAAUAAGUAACUGAUUUUUUGGUAUAGGUUUGACUUAAGGGUAAUUGUACUAUUUUUAAUUACAGGGUGUUACAUUUUAAAAAACACCUUUUUAUACCAUCUGAACCGUUUAUGUUAGAGUAAAAAGACUUUCAGUGAUUACCCAUGUACUGGUGCUAUUUACAAAUUUGUAUAACGCAUCCCCAUUUUUUCCCCGGAACCACCCCAAAAAAAGAAGAAUUAAUAAAUAAAGUGAUUUUCUUGGAAUCCUUCACACACAAUGCCCUUUAUUAAUAUGCUUCAUAUAUCCUUUUGUGCACGUUAUUAUUACCGAUGCAUAGACACCAAAAGCGAUUUCCUAGUGCAACCCCUGUAGCCAAAAAAAAAAUAAAUAAAAUGGGGGGUUGAAAUUUUUUUUGGUUUUUGCUUUUUGAUCCAUAUGGGCAUAUGCUUCAUCAAUAGUGCUUUUCAAAAAUAGAUUUGGUUAUUGCAACAUCCCUGCGGAAACCACCCCUAUCCUUGAAAAUAUACUGCAGAAACUACCCCUAUCCCUUGGCGAGCAUGUUUUUACGAUUUUCUCAUUACCUAUGCAUUCUUUUUAAACAAAACUUAUACAAGGUUAAAAUUAGGUCCUAUUCAUUUUUUUCGUAUAAGCAACCGUUACUGCGCAGUGGCGCCGUAAACCUCAUAUAUGCUUUGGCGGGCUCCAGUUUUUGUUUUUUUUUUCGUCACCUGUUCGUUGUAUUAAUAAAGUACUUAUGUAAAAUAAAACAACACAGUGUAACCUACAAAUUAUGACCUAUGCACAUUUUACAUUUUUUGCGCCCCAAAGCCACAGUGGUGGCCCAAAAUCAAUUUUUGCAUAUUUUCGCCACCUACACGCAUUUUAUUGCAUUAAUGCUACCUUAAUAGCACAAUAUUCACCCUUAAGUGGUCGUUAAGCAGUGGCGGAUCCAGGGAGGGGUGAUCGGGGCGAUCACCCCCCCCCCCCUCUCUCAAACCAAGUGAUAUUCUAUUUAAGGAUUAUAAAACUAUUCAUUUAUUUUUAUAGAAAUACUUAUAUUAUUAUUUUUAAAAGAAUGGCGUACUUUUUAUGCUUUUGCGACAGUGGCGGAACCAGCAUCGUUAAGAGGGGGGUGCCAAUUGGCUAAAUUUUUAUAAAAAUAAAUGAAUAUUUUUAUAAUCUUUAAAUAUAAUAUCACUUGGUUUAAGAGGGGGGGUGAUUGCCCCCAUCACCCCUC